GUUUCUUCACUCUGGAGGGUCAACCUAAAAGUAUGAGCUGCCCUUCGACCGGCAUCAGUGAAGAGGAGCUCAGCCACAUCGGAAACAUCGCUGCCUCAGUCCCGGUGGAAGAUUUCACCAUCCAUGGAGGGUUGACUCGUAUCCUGAAGGGCCGCGCUGACAUGCUGAGUCAGCGAGUGUGUGACUGGGCUCUCAGCGAGUACAUGGCCUUUGGCUCUCUGCUCAAAGACCGGAUCCACAUACGUCUCAGUGGACAGGAUGUGGAGAGGGGCACUUUCAGCCACCGGCACCAUGUUCUUCACGACCAGAACGUCGAUAAGAGGAUCUGCAUCCCCAUGAACUACAUCUCACCUGACCAGGCUCCCUACACUGUCUGCAACAGUUCUCUGUCUGAAUAUGGAGUACUGGGUUUUGAACUGGGCUUCGCCAUGGCAAGUCCCAACGCUCUCGUCCUGUGGGAGGCCCAGUUUGGAGACUUCAAUAACACGGCUCAGUGUAUCAUUGACCAGUUCAUCAGCUCGGGUCAGGCCAAGUGGGUCAGGCACAACGGCAUAGUGCUGCUGCUCCCUCACGGCAUGGAGGGAAUGGGUCCAGAGCACUCGUCCGCCCGUCCCGAGAGGUUCCUGCAGAUGUGCAAUGAUGACCCAGAUGUUUUCCCUAAACUGACGGAGGACGUGGCGGUUCGUCAGCUGUACGACUGUAACUGGAUCGUCGUCAACUGCUCUACGCCUGCAAAUUACUUCCAUGUUCUGCGCAGACAGAUCCUGCUGCCCUUCAGGAAACCUCUCAUCGUGUUCACUCCCAAGUCGUUGCUGCGCCACCCAGAGGCCAGGUCCAGCUUCGAUGACAUGCUGCCAGGCACCGCCUUCAAACGUGUCAUCCCUGAUGAUGGACCUGUGGCCUCCAGCCCAGAGAAAGUCAGGAGAGUCAUCUUCUGCUCCGGAAAGAUCUACUACGAGCUGAUUCGUGAGCGAAAGAACAGAGGCAUGGACGAUGCCGUCGCCGUCGUCCGCAUAGAACAGCUCUCUCCUUUCCCCUUCGACCUGGUGAAAGCUGAGACCGAGCGCUUUCUCAAAGCGGAUCUCGUCUGGUGUCAGGAAGAGCACAAGAACCAGGGCUAUUAUGACUACGUCAAGCCCCGCCUCCACACCACCAUCCACUCCACGCGCCACCUGUGGUACGCUGGCCGCGACCCCGCAGCAGCUCCAGCCACCGGGAACAAACACACUCACGUCACAGAGCUGCAGCGUUUACUCGACACGGCGCUGGAUCUCGAGGCUUUCUCACGAAACGACUAGUCAGCAAAACUCAGCGCGGACCAGUCCGUCUUCACACGGUAACAAGUGCAACCUUUCCAAUGACUUUUCAACACUGUUACCGUGUGAAGACUUCAUUUGUUUCCAUUUUUACCCUCAGGAAAAAAAGUAUGAGAAAACCACUGAAUGUAUUACUUUAUACAAAAAUCAUUUUUAAGACUUUUACCUUAAAUCAGAAGAAUCAGAAGAACUUCAUCAGUCAUCAGCCACAUCGGCCCGAGUCCGAUCCACAAGCAUCAUCAGCUGCUUCUCGCUCCUUUUUGUUUUUGGGAACAAUUUUAAUUCGCUAAAAAAAGACUUGGGGGAGGGGUGGUGGGCGGGAUCAAAACUUAACAGAAGACAAGUUCUCACGGAGGAUUGGAGUCUUCAGUGAACUCCAGCUGAAGAGAACGUCAUCAAACCGGUGACAUGUGGUGUCUGAUGUUGCUGCGCGGAUCUGUAAAACACAACAUGACUGAGUGGAGGCGCGGAUCUGCAGUUGUGUGUUGUUGAAUAAUGAUUAUUAAACGAUGAUAUUGCGUCUUUGUGAAUCCGUUUCCCAGCAUCUGUCUGUCUUUGAGUCACAUGACUGUUGACGGCUUGAUUGACAGGCGUCAGACUUGGCAUUGGCAGUUUGUUUGGAUAAGAGUUACAAGAGAACCUCUGAUGUGACCUCUGAUGUGACCUCUGAUGACCUCGCUGUUUCCUGUCCAUAAUCAUGUUGACGUAGUGUUUCAUUACCACAGAGCCGAGUAAACACGUGACUAAAACCUGGUUCUAAUAAGGCAGAACUUUAAGUUUAGGGCUAAGAUUUGAAUUUGAAUAAGGUUCAGGAUGCUGUGUCCUUUAAAGCUAUGGUUCCCAAACACAUUUACCUUCAGACUCGACAGGAACCUCACACACACACACACACACACACACACACACACACACACACACACCAGAACAAUCAAGUGAACAAUUACAAGUGUUUUGUAGGUUUCUGUAGAUGGAUUCAAAACUGUCCUGGGCUUCUAUAAAAUCCAAACCAAGCAAACCUGA